CUAUUUAUAAAGAACUCGGGCCCAUUCCCAAAAUAGCUUAAACCGCUAAUUUACGAUGACUAAGACAGACACCUCUCUAACCGCUUCGAGCCAUGUCAACAAUUGACCCGACCUAUGAGAGCCCAGGUCCUUCAGACUAGACCAAAUGGAUAACUCGGCUGCGUGGUGCCAUCCAGAUCAGUCAACGAGGCUGGAAAGGUCGACUCUCGGGCAAAUUAGGCAGAGAAAAAGCAAUGAUGGGUGCAAUUCCGCCUCGUUGCUGCUCUGUCCCACGGGAGGACUCGGAACGAGGACAACUCAGUCAAUUGCGGAGCUAAAGACCAGCUCUAGCGAAGUAAGCGUUCCACUCUCUCCUCCCCAAUCUUAUGCUAGCUUUCAAUGUAGAUCACUAUUCCGUUCGAUUCGAUUUGUAGACCGCGGAGUCGGGCAUACGGUUGUGUUACAACGGACAGUCUUGAAUUCUGCAUCCAGCUCGAUUCUCUCGCUCCUGUCACCGACAUCUUCUGCUGCCUGGAGUACUCCGGACUGUGGUUCUCUUCAUGGUGUGGUUCGCGUCUCAUUCUCACCGCUUCAGCCUUGGCUGAAUUCAGCAAUGCACGGACUCGGCGUGGAGAACUCCAUACGUACUUGGAUGGCCGGGUAUGCAGGUUAGCCGGUGACAAUCAUUGAUUCUAGAUCUCUGGUCUCCACAUCUAGACUGAAUUGUCAAGGGGGAGCUCUUGUUUUGUUUCAGGGACACCCGUCCCAGUAGAUGCGGUAGGUUGCGGACCGAUGAGCGAGAUUAAACCUGAGCGGUGAGGUGAGAAGGCUGGCUGGCUGACAUCGAGACCACAUGAAACUGACU